AUGGGUGCGGAUCGUCAAGCAGGAGCUCUCGCAGUGACGUGCGUCUUCCCAAUUCUCGCUGCGAUAUUCGUUGGUGCGAGGACGUUUUCUCGCUAUUUGGGGCAGAACUUUGGGUGGGAUGACUGGCUCAUACACCUCUCGUUACUUUUGCUCCUAGGGCAAACACUCACCAUCUACGAGUACAUCAUCGUGAGCCACACUGGCUAUCGCACGAGCGAGGUACCCAAACAGACCCUGGAGCAACUCGUCCACGCGAGGAAAUGGAGUUUCGCUGUGCAGAUGUUCUACCACCCUAUGAUGGGUGCGAUCCGCGCCUCGAUCAUCAUGUUUCUUUUCCGCGUGAAGGACCAACGAUGGCAUAUUCGGUGGGCACUGCAUGUUGUCUUCUGGAUGAACGUCGGCUAUUUCACCUCAACUACUCUUGUCAACAUCUUUCAGUGCGAUCCAAUCAGAUACGCUUAUCUUCAACCACUAAUGGACCACACGGACGCUGAUGGCAACAAGGUCGCUGGGGGCAAGUGCAUCAACAGUCUCCAGUUCAUCAUGUCCAGCUGCGCCCUCAGUAUCUUCAUGGACCUCAUCAUCAUGCCUAUUCCCACCGCCAUGGUGUGGAACCUCCAAAUGAAACGCAAAACAAAGAUGGCGGUUGUCGCCGUUAUGAGCAUGGGUUGGAUUGCAACCAUCGGAUCCGUCGCCAGACUGAUAGUUUACUACUACCGCUAUGCUCCCAACACGGACCGGGCCUACAACAUCGGCGUUGUAUCCUCUGUCACUGAGCCCUCGAUCGCCAUAAUUGCCGCUUGCGCCCCAGCCCUCCGCCGCCUCCUCACCUACAUGCUACCACGCUACUUCUCCGACGGCGGAACCUACCCCACCUACCACUACGAGACGAACAAUGCAACAUACGCAAACACGCGACCGAGGCGGUCGGGCAGCUUGACACACGCUGUAGACAAAAACACGGACAUGGACAUGGUGGUCAGGGAGGAUGGGCGAGAAGAGGACGAGGAGAUGGUGUAUGGAUUGUCCGAGUUGCGGGGGAAAGAGAGUAGGGAACCGAUGCGAAUGCAGCGAACGCAGAGCGUGAGGACAGGUGUGAGCGAUGGAACCGGGCAGCCGUACAGCGUGAACGCGACGCAGCCUUUCGAUGUGCUUGAUCAUCGGCAGUAG